AUGACAUUAAAGUUUGCACUCUUCGUAUGCCUCGCCAUUUCAUUCAUCUUCUCUUGCUCAUCGGAAACUACCAGGGUCGGCACUGUAAACUGGUGGUGCACCCAAACCCCACACUAUGAAAUCUGCAAUCAGUAUGUUGUUUUCCGUAACCCCACCAUGGCCACCAUAUCUACAAACGAGUUCCUGGAUAUGACUGUAGAAGCAGCCAUAGAUGAGGCACGUAUUGUUCUGAAACGAGCCCAAGGGAUCGAGUCCAAGUACCCAAAUGUUCCAGGGAAAAGCCAGUGGGGUAGCUGCGUUGACUACUUUGACGGGGUCGUUUUCACACUUAACAUGAUCCAGAACAACACCCUCCAGCCAGACCCACUUGACGUCCAGACAUGGCUCAGUGCUAGUUUAGCCUAUAUCAACGUCUGUGAAAAAGGAUUCGAGUUGAUUAAAAAGACCGACACAAUGCUACCCGUUAUUUCUACCAAUUUGACACUACUAAUACUCAACUCUUUGGCUAUUAGUCUUCUCAUGAAGGGUAGUAGUACUAAUAUUACUCCUGGUGUCGUGGAUUCGGAAUAUUUUCUCAAUGAGUACAAGCCAAGGCCGGACGUUGUGGUUGCUCAUGAUGGCUCAGGUGAUUUUAAAUCGGUUCAAGAAGCUGUAGAUUCCGCAAUGAACCGGCCACAUCCCGGGAGGUAUGUGAUAUACGUGAAGGCUGGGAUUUAUGAAGAAAACGUUGUGAUUCCAAGGACGGUAGAGCUUAUAACGAUGUUUGGUGACGGAAUAAAUAAGACGAUCAUCUCCGGUAGCCGGCGUUCAGGUGAUGCCGUGCUGGAAACGGUAAAGGUUAGUGACUUGAAGGAAUCAGCUACGUUUCAGUUUGUUUUGUAUCGAUGGCAGAAGCCUGGGGUCGUGGAUUUAUAG